CUGGGCCUGCUGAAGUCCAGAGGCAACGCCCGCCAGAAUGAACAUCCGCAAUGCCCGGCCGGACGACCUGAUGAACAUGCAGCACUGCAACCUGCUGUGCCUGCCGGAGAACUACCAGAUGAAGUACUACUUCUACCACGGCCUGUCGUGGCCCCAGCUCUCCUACAUCGCCGAGGACGAGGACGGCAAGAUAGUGGGCUACGUCCUAGCCAAGAUGGAGGAGGACCCCGACGAUGUCCCUCACGGGCACAUCACCUCGCUGGCCGUGAAGCGCUCGCACCGGCGCCUCGGCCUGGCCCAGAAGCUGAUGGACCAGGCCUCGCGGGCGAUGAUCGAGAACUUCAGCGCCAAGUAUGUGUCCCUGCACGUCCGGAAGAGCAACAGGGCGGCCCUGCACCUUUAUUCGAACACCCUCAACUUCCAGGUUAGUGAGGUGGAACCCAAGUACUACGCCGAUGGGGAAGAUGCAUACGCCAUGAAGCGGGAUCUCUCACAGAUGGCAGAUGAGCUGAGACGGCAGCUGGUGCUGAAGAAGGGCAGAUAUGUGGUUCUGGGCUAUGGGGAGAACCAGGAGGCCCAGGGCAGCCCACUUCCUGGUGCCGAAGAUGCCUGUCAGCUGGAAAACCCUGCCGGUGAAGACAGUGGCAGUGACAGCACCGAUGACCAGGACAGCUCAGAGGACCUGGAUUCCACCUCCUAGAGCCUUGCUCAAGAGUUGCUGGUCUGCAUGUCUCAGCCGCAUCUAUCCUGUGAACCCUGGCCUGGCCAGUCCACUCUGCUAUCUCUCCUCUGCUGGGCUUACUUCACACUGACUCAAACGGCUGGGUUUCUCAUUUUCAACUCUCCUUCCACGUAAAGCUACUGUGAUCAUGAAGGAAUGUGUCAGCAUGAGAGCCUGCUGGGCAAGAGCCGAGGAAGUGCGAAGCCUGCCAUGACAGAACGUCCCUGGCCCUCUCACCAUGCUGCCAUUGUACUGAUUGUAGGGUUCCUACGUUGGGCUGUGGUUAUGCUACGCAGCUGUCUCCUAGAAAUGCCAAACAGGAAGCAGGGGCAUCUCUUGAAGCCUCUGGUUUGCAGGUUUUGCCAUUAUUUGUCUGUGUUUCCAUCACUAAAGGGGAGUUAGCACCAUCAAGUGAGAUGUCAUUCCCUUCCCUUCCAGCAGAAGUUGUCUGUUUAUUCUCGCUUUCUCUGGAACUCCCUUUGUCCUAUCCUCCACCGUCACGGGGUAUUCUCCCCCUUUUCCAGAGGGAGAAUGUGAUUUAAAAAAAUGAGGAGGGGUCUCUCCUACUCCAUACAAGCAGAGUGUGUGGGUUUUAAGAGAAGAACAAGGAGUAAUUAAAUGGGGCGAUCAUCUGCUUGCUCACAUCAGUUGCUUUCUGUCUUUGUUUGCUUUCUUUUGUAAUGAUGUCACUUGCCAUUUAUUGAAGCUUGAAAGUGCACAUGCAGUGUUGUGGCAUGUAUGUACAUGUAAUCCUGUGCGUAACCCUGGGGGUGGACAUUAUUAUCUCUGUUUUACAGAGAGAUAAAUGGAAGCAGUGCAGCAAAUAACUGUUCGGGACUUCAAUCCAACCUGGUCCAUGUUGCUCCUGUUCGGACUCUGCAUUCAUUUGCAAAGCGAUGUUAAAAUGUCACAAAAAAGGAGACUGUGCUGUUUAAAAUUGUUCAGUGUUGACUUACUAUAUGACAAUCAACUGUAAAUAUGUAACCUUCAACUGUGGUCCCUGUGUAGUGAAUUAGUAAAUAUAAGUGAAGGCAAAGGGCUUUGACUCCACAGAAAAGUCACAGCCAGAUACAUUUAGAACCGACUAAUGUUUUCAUGUUCUCUGAAUGUUAAUUACUGAAAUGUCCAUGUUUAUGUUUAGAUUUUUAUGAAACUGGAGUAUAUGGAUUUACAUCUAAGCCCUGACAUUAACCAGCUGAUGACAAGAGAUAAGUCUGUUCUCUGUAAUUCAUAGCAACCCUGAUAAGUACUUCUUACAGACCUACCCCGUGCAUGGAGAACGCCUGUGUACGGGCAAAGGCUCGCCCGAGGCAGAGCUGCAACUCCAGUUUGUGUGGGCACACGGGCCUCUGUCUUUCCAUUUUCCUUUUUCAUUUUCGCCCUUACCUCUGAAAUGAUUUUAGUCGUUCCCCUCAAGCAUGUGAUUAUCUCUUUAUUUUUAAAUGUUACAGCUUUCUAACAUCUGUCUCUAGGGCAGCAUAAUCUUAGUGAUGGAAUAUUCCUUGUUUUCCUUGAGCCCUUGUCAAUAUGUCUUCGUGUUAACAGCUCAGCAGAUGGGGAAACAGAAGGAGUAGCCUCAGCUUACCUGGGUGAUUUCUCUUCAGCUCAGCAUCAGCCACAUCCUCUCUAGUAACCUGAUGUUAAUCCUUGGAGCAGUUGGGAAAUAAGAAAGGCUUCCAGAUGCUUGCAGUGCCGCUGACUAAAACUGUUGGCUCUCUUCUUUCUUACCAGGAAACAGCAGAAACUCAGCAAUGCAGCAACCUACCUAGUGUGGGUUAUGCCUGUUGCGAUAGUGAGAGUAAACAGGAUCUUAACAUCGUUUAGGGCCAGAAUUAGCAAGUUCCAAGCUUUUCCGUGAGCCCUGCUGUGAACAGAAGCCGUGGUUUCUCCCAGUUCCAGGGUGGGCACCUCUGGAGCUGCUUCUGUAGCAGCACCGUUCUUUACAGACAGAGCAGAGUGUGAUUUGUUUUCUGCAUAGAUUACUUGCUUUUUAUUUAAGCUGGUCCUAGAGAGACCAAAGCAAGGAUGUAGACUAGUUCAUGGUAUGAGCACCAUUUUGCUGGCUGCAAACAGUGACUCACACCCCGUCUUCAUGUGUGGCUUUACCGAAACUACUGACUAGACCCUAGUCUCAGCAAAUUGUUCAAAUGUGUUCCUCUCCAGGAUGUAAAGUUCUGUUUAGUUGUGGCAUCAACUUGUGAAUGAAGCCUGUGAGUUAUGUGCUUAAAAUUUUGUUUUUUUUUCCUUUGAGAUAAGACUAAUAAGCAAGAGAUGAUGAUAAGAAAUAAAAUAAUGGAAUAUAGGGGUGAGAGAGACAUGCGAAGUCGUACUGGAAACUGAAACAAAGCUGGUAAGCUUUGAAAGGAUCAAGGAAUAAAGGAAUUUAUCUCAUUA